AGUGUCAUGCUGCCCCUCUCGUCAGUUCAGUAUCUCCGCGACUCUCGUUCGAGUAACAUCAUGGUCUCGUCAAUGAUGAGGCUCUGCCUCACCAUUUUAGUUCCUUGUAUUACUGCUCAGGAAACAUAUGUAACUAACUCUCCACUCAGAACCGAAAGAAUUUUGCAUUCGGCAAGCGAUCUUAAUGAAAAUCAGCUGGCCAGAAUCGCUGGAAUGACAAAUAUACGACACAUGAACGAGGUUCUCGAUAAAAUAUGUAUUCCACGAGUUGUUGGUAGUUCUGGACAUAAGAAAGUGAAAAAAUAUUUGAAAGAUUCCAUGAAAAGUCUUGGAUGGACUGUGGAAACUGACACUUUUACAGAGGAAACACCGAAUUUAGGUAUCUUGGAAUUUGAGAAUAUCAUUGCCAAACUGGAUCCUGAAGCUAAACGCUAUCUUGUUUUGGCCUGCCAUUAUGACUCUUUGUACACCAGAGAGGGCAACUUUGUUGGUGCUAUUGACAGCGCUGUUCCAUGCGCACAACUUCUUAACCUUGCAACUGUCAUGCAAGAAUCUUUGGGUUCUUUGAAAAAUAGUAACGUGAGUUUGAUGUUCAUUUUCUUUGACGGAGAGGAAGCAUUCAAAAAAUGGGGACCUUCGGAUUCGAUAUAUGGAGCCAGACAUUUAGUCUCAAAAUGGAAGGACAUAUCAUCAUACCGCUUGGAUCCAAAAAUGAGUGAUCUGGAUAGAAUAGAUAUAUUGGUAUUGCUUGAUCUCCUUGGAUCAUCCAACCCAAUGUUUUACAACUAUUUCAAAAAUACAACACGUUGGUACUUCCAGCUUGUGAAAGCUGAGCGAGCUUUAGCCAGGAUGCACAAGUUCCAGAACUAUACAUAUGGAUUACCAGAGCCUGAAUAUUUUAAAGCUUACCCUGAGCACGUCAGCUAUGCUGUAGAGGACGAUCAUAUACCAUUUUUACGAAAAAACGUCCCAAUCAUUCAUUUGAUACCAUAUGGAUUUCCAUCUUUCUGGCAUACGCCUGAUGACAAUCGAAGUAUCGUUGACAUGCAGACAACAGAAAAUCUUAACAAAAUAUUGCGAGUUUUUGUCGCGUCUUAUUUGCAUUUGAACAUCUGAACUCUUCAGUCGAAACAGCCUGAUAUUUUGAGCAAAUAAAAACGAAUAAAAACUGCCUAUGAUCUUUUGUUAUUGGCAUAGCAAAAAUGUUUUCCAAUUAUGAAUUAUUUAUAUUUUCAACAUAAUUAUGCACAAAUUUUAAACUAAAUGGGCCUGUGUGGAGAACUGUAAAAUAUGAGUCAUCACUCCGUUCGAUACUACAUGAAUCAAUUGUGAAUAUAUACAUAUGAAUGAAAUACAUUGUAAAUAAAUAAAUUAUAUUUUACUUGCCUUCAUUUCGGCACUAA